GAUUAAAAACAAUAAACAAAACGAAUGGAGAGUGAAAAGUAGUGAUUGCGUUUUCCGGUGAAUUUAUUAGAUUUUCGGUAAAUUUGUGAGUGAAAUAGCUCAGGUAGUGACUGCCGGUGAGCCAAAAAUGUCCGAACCGAGUUCCGAUUCGGAAAGCUGUCCCAGCUUCCAAACCGAAUCCGAAAGCGAGCAUGAAUCGAACUGGGACGAGAAGGACCAAAAGGAAGUGGACUACACGGCGACGGCCAAGGAGAUCCUAUGUGAGAAUGUGAAUAUCACGACAGGGAAUGCCCUGAAGCUGAACAGUGGGUAUCACAACAUGCUGAAGGUGCUGAAGAACAAGUUGGAGAUUUUGCUGGGGCAGUGCCAGGAGCGGCAGGGCGAGAUUGAGAAGCAGAUCGAAGAGUACAAGAACAAUAAGAAGCCGCUGGUGGGGCGAUCGAGGACGUCCGGGUACAUUUGUGGGCAGCCUUACUUUAAGGAUGAGGACCUGUAUCCGGGACCGCACAAUGACGAUUAUCUGCGAAGGAAGAACGUUUUGGGGGAGUUCUUUCCGUUGGAUCUGUUCGAGGCGACCGAUACCAACUGGACGGUGAAGGAUAAGAUGAAUAUUCUGAGGGGGGUGAAGCGACAGAUUGUGGAAUUUGUUGAGAGGGAGAUUCGGUUGAAGAUUAAGAAGUUAGGAAAUGGGCUGGAAGCGGAGCGGCUGAGGAUGGAGAUGGAAACGUUGCAGAGGCGGGAAGUGCACGAUCUGUGGGAACGGGUGAAGCAGUUUUCGAAUGACUAUCCAGGUGUUAGGUUUGAGAUCGAUUGGCUGCGUGUUUCGAACGUGGACAUCGGCGGACGGCACUCGGCAGCCGCCUGUGUGGGAUUGUGGAAUAACUAUAUGCUUCCAGGAUUGGUGCGGGAUACUUGGAAGACGGAGGAGGAAUCGAUCUUGUUGGACGUGGUGGAGAAGCAUGGUCGCCAGGAUUGGGCUCAGAUUGCAGCGGAAGUUCCAGGAAGGUCAGCAUACCAAUGCUUUGUCCAUUACCAGACAACGUUUUCGGAACUGGCCCAGAUCAAACGAGAACGCUGGACCGAUGAAGAGGAUGCCGCAUUGAUAAAAGCGGUCGAUGACAAUAGAAUAGGAUCGAACAUAAUUUGGAACAAGGUUGUCGAAAGAAUGCCACUUAGAAACAAAAUCCAAUGUUACAACCGGUACAUGUUCACGCUGAUGAGGCCAACGAAAAAUGCAAAAUUUACCCCAGAGGAGGACUGCGUGAUUCUUGCGUACGUUCAACAGUGUGGAGAUGACUUUCGGUUUAUUCCACCCAGCUUGCUGCCUGGAAGAACCAAUCGGCAGAUCUGGGCUCGAUAUAAUCAUACCUUGAAGUACGUGAAUAAACAUGCUGGGUGGACGAUCGAAGAGGACAUGCGGCUUAUGAAUUUCAUCAAGGAAAACCUGACCGACGAAGGACCGAGGAAAAUUUCCUGGGCCGCUUGUUCCAAAGCGUUGGGUAACCAUUCUCGGUUGAGCUGCCGGACCAGGUACUACACGAUCGAGAAGUUUCUCGAAAAGAAUCCAGACGCUACGCUGGACGAUGUUCCACGGAAAGGGAAGAAACUUUCGUCCACGGUCACCAACGAAAACUGGAUGAAAACGUUCAUCGAUAUACGAAAUGAACCAAAAGAGACGAAUCCGGAACCUACGCCCACUGAGCAAGAGCAACCGUCAACAUCGAACAAUCCCAAGCCGAACAAACGAAGCCGAGCUCAGCGGAAACCUUUCACUGAAAGCAGAGCACGACCCUUCAUAGAUACGAUCAAAUGUCAAAUCAAGCGAAAAUUUUGCCACAAACUCAAAUACUCAUUUCAUUAUCACUUUGGCGAUCAAAUGCCGGACAUCCAGAACAGCAAGGUAUUCUGCAUGAACAGAGCCAUCUUCCACCUUCUGAAUUGCACGACAAACGUGGAUCACCCCAGCGUCAGCUUGGAUUGCUUCACCCCCAAUGAAGUGAUGAUUCUACGCAGUAGCCUCCCCAUUCGAUUCAAUCCUAGUCUAGUGAACUUCCUGGAGGACGCCAAAAGGUGCUUCCUCUUUCCUAUCAGCUACAAUACGAUGCUGGGCAUGAGAGGUAUCGUCCUGAAUGCCGCUUUUUUCGACGAACCGAACGUUGAGGAAACCACGCAAUUAGCUCAAGAAGAUGAAGCAGACUACCGUCAGGCACUGGACACCUUCCGCAAUCGCUUCCGGAUGAUUUUCCACUGGUCAAUGCUGCUGGCUCAGGAAAAUCCGGGUCAAGUUACCUUCCUGGAUGCCGACGAACAGCCCAAACCCGAAUACCACCUGCACAAGUCGUUCAGUGUCGAGCAGAUCGCCCUGGACCAGUUGGCCGAACUGUGCGGCAAAAGUGUUCCCAUUAAGAUUCCCCCGGCGCCCACCAUCGAAGAGGCCAUCUCCGGUAUGGAACAAAUGGAACUUGCAUCGCCCAUCAAAGCCGAAGGCAACUUCCAUCAUUCGUCCAUACCAGGUGUCCCCAAUGUGCAGAUAAUUGCCGUCAAGCGACUCACCGACGUGUCGUCUGUGGAAUCGAUCCAGAUCGAACAGUUGGCUGAUCCACCCCAGCAGCAGGUGCAAAUUGUGUCGCAACCUGCGCCAGCACCACACUAUCAGCUAACAUACCCCAUCGCGCCGAACGCGCUGUACCAAUCUGGCUCUACGGUGGUUCACGGGCGGUCCGAGGAGCUGCCGUCGUCCACCCCAGUGCAAUUCGUCGGACAGAUAACCAUCAUCAAUCCGCAGGAUUUGCCCGCGGCGCAGAUACCGACGAGGGCCGUGCCGGUCGUCGAGAUUCACCCAAUGAACGAUGGGCAGUACCAGCAGAAUGAGUUGGAGUCGGAAAUGGCAAGAACCGAACACGAUGACCACGAUCAAGGUGGGAAACCAGUAGAACGUGGCGAAUCGUCACAGCAGUUGGAUGUUUUUAAAGAUAGGCCAUCAGCGGAUCAAACAGAUUCUAAAGAGCCCACAUCUGAAACAACAGUUCGUAAUGGAGUAACAGAAGCAACAGUGACUCUAAGCACCAUCAAUGAAGCACAAACCGUUGUAGAACUAUCGAACGACAAAGAUGCGACACAAACAACAAUUUCCGAUCCACACAGCUCUUCUACCUUUGAAAUCGAUUUCGAUGUUUCAAUACCAGCCAACGUGGUGGUGCCACAACAACAUCAGCUUGAACUUCGAAACAGCACACCAACACGUGACCCCGCCCAACCAGUUUCCGUAGACAACCGAUCGGAACCAAUGGAUACAUCCGCCACGACGAUGGAUAGUUCCGGGGAUCCUGUUGGUUUAGAUUCGACAACGGAUCAACGGACAACAGACUCAGCUCCCGAAGAUGGUUCCAACAGUUCAUCAGUGUCGGGUUGGUCCGACGGGGGAAAAUCUCCACGCGAUGAUGAUCUGUAUGACGAGGAGAUUAAUUCGGUUCACCAGGUGACAAGCGUGACCAAUGUGGGAGAAUUCGUUAUCCAAGAACUGCAAGAACCUGGGCCGGAACCAGGUCGCUCCAGUUCAAACCUAGACAAUUCGGAUGGCCAUAUGCCGGAAGAAAAAUUCACCGAGCUAAGUUCUCAGUUGCUUGAUGAUCCCGAGUGGGAUCCCGAACGUUUUGAAACACCGAAAAGAACCUAUAGUCGUAUUAAAAAACCUACUGCCUCGAGGAUAAGCGAACGAUCGAGUAAACCGGAAGUGUCGGAUUCGCAUGCUUGGCGCUGGGUGCACGUGGACGAGUCCGAUGAGGAUGAUGUAGAGCUUCACCAAAGCCUUUGGGAGAAUUGUAAUCCUUUCCGAAUACAGUUUUCGGCGGAUGAUUUGAACAACUCUACGGAAACCGUUGUAGCAGAACCAAAGAAGGACGAUAUAAUUGUGAUAGAUGAUGACGAGGUGUACAUAAAGGAAGAACCCUUAGAUAUAACUGAAUCUCAAACGGAGAGUCCGAUCGAUCAGGCUAUGCAGAUUCAACAAAUCAUUGAAACGGCUAGCAACAUUCUUCGGAUAUCCGAGGAAUAUCAAGUUCUAAGCUCACAGGAUGCUAGUCAUCCAUACGAAGCUGCAGAACCAGUAUUGGCGCCUGAAGUUCCUUUGACGGAACCAGACAAGGAAGCAAAUACAAAACCAUUAGUUCAAACCUCUGCCAAGGAUUGCGACGCAGUUCCUCCGCCGGAUCCGGUUGAAGUUGCUUCGCAAGGAGACACUGAUUCGCUAGUUGUUCAAACCCCAUCCAGAGUAUUCGACGAACAGUCCAACUGCUAUUACUUCGUGGAUGAAAUACAAGACGCCACAGCCUUGUUGGUACCGGCCCAGACGCCUGCGCAAUUGCCAGCUACAUACUGGAUAUACAACGGUGAAGAAGACAGUACAGAGGCAGGACCUUCGGAAGUGUCUUUGCCACCACCGGAAACGACCCAGUCCCCAGUGCCCACAUCGAUCUCAGACCCACAAUCGCCGUCGAUUUUCCAACACACUCUCGAUAAAAUUAGAACGUACGCAUACAGAAACAAAACCCAGACGACGAAGCAGCCAACAGCCGCAGAAAGUCCCGCCGGCACCAAUAGCGACAAAAAGUAUUGGAAACCGCAAUCCAAGUCCCACAGAACGGAAUCGGUCAUACAGUCAACGGACACGCGCAUCAGAAAACCGAAGCGGCCACCUCGCGAAGCAACGAAAAUGAGUCCCCAUCAGCAGCAUGCCGUUCAAACGCAGGCUCUCUCGCUAUUGGAAGGUCUCUUCAAGAAGCCCAAGGUCCGACGCACCUGCACCACUCCCAGUCGAAUGCCUCCAGUGGCAACAAAGUAUCCCCGUCCAACGGAAGCUCCAAAACGGCCACCCUCUUCUAGUCAGUAUUCAAGCACCACAGAGCAACAGUCAACGGCCAAAAAGAUUAAGCUGGAGACCUCGGAACCAUUCGACGCCGUGGAUGUUAUCAGUUUGCUGGCGAAUGAUCAAGGACACCACAGCAAAGAUGACGUCGUCGACGAGGAGGAGAGCGAAUACCUUGCCCAGCUGACAAUGGCUGAUGUUCCCCAAACAAGUAGUACCCCUAUCAUCAAUGAUGCUUCGGUUACGCUAUAAAGGAUCUAGGGUGCACGUCUAAGCAUUUCCUGAAAUAUUAUUGGGUAAUUAAUUUAUUAUUAAACUAGCUGUACCCGGCAAACUUUGUCUUGCCUACUGCGUUUUUUGACGCUUCAAGUUUCUAUCCAAGACCAAGUCCCCGGUCACAAAAUGUAUGGAAGAUCGAUUUUCAAAAACUCGCAAUAUUUCCAUGUUUUUUACCUCAUAAACCUUCCUUGGGUGAAAACUUACAGAACAAAACUAAGACGAUCAAAAUCGGACCUUCCGUUCGCAAGUUAUGCGCGGUCCCACGUAUGCCACUACAUUUUUAUAUAUAUAGAUAAUCAUAACAAGAUCCUCACAAAAGUAAAACAAAAUGUUUAUAUCUUGAAUGUACCGACUUUUCGAACCCUCUAAGCAGAAUAAGGUAUGCACACAGCAAAAUCUAGCCACCGCAUUUUGGAUAGAAAUUUCUCUAUUUACAACGAAUCGUGGCCAUCUCUGGCGCAAAUGAAAGCUUAUUGUGUAAGGAAUUGAAAAAUAUUUACUUCGGGAUAUAUUUUGACAUUGUGUUUAAAAUAGAGUCAAGGGAACAAGAAGUCCUCGAAAAGUUUUUGCACAAACGUGCUGAAAAUCUGACAAUGUACAUUAAAGCGACCGUCCCCGCAGACCUAAGUUAGCUUUCAAGUAUUCGGUUCUAUACAUCAUUACAACCGGGAAAGGUUGCAGAUCAACUUAAGAGCAAGCAAAAAUCGAAGUUUGGCAAGAAAUACAUAGUUUGGUCAACAAUAUGAAUUUGUGGUUUGAAAAACCGAACUUUUAGAAAUACAUGUACAGCAAAUCAUCUUUUUCACUACGGAAAAUGUCGGUAAAAAUGGCUGGCACCCCUUAUUCAAAAGCUUAGAUAUUGUGUAUUGAUUUGAAUUGAUUUCUGUCCCCUGUUUUUGGCGGAGAAUGCUUGCGUUUGUAUGCAGAAAACUAUGUAGAAAUUGUACUGCAUUUUUCCAAAAAACGUAAAAUCUCAUACACUUCAAAACUCAACCCAAUUGAAAAAUAUUGAGUAACCGUGAAUUGGAACCUUCAAAAAAUGUCAAGAACGACAUCUUUCAUCGAAAAAUAAGAUUGAUUUUGACACAAAGGUGGUAAAAAUUUCUUGGCAUGCGGUCGAAGGUACUGUGCAAAACUUUACGGAAGGACUCAAGCUCAAAACUCGAGAUGACGGAUAUAACAAGUCAAAUCAGCAAUGUCUUGAUGUUGAUUUAAAGUAAAUUAAUGCUUUUUUACGAUGAAUUGCUUUUGGUUUGGGAACAAGUUGGAAUGAAUUAUUACUGCUUGAUUUUCUUUGGCCAGAUUUUGCUGUGCGCAUACCUUACCCUCUUCGAAUGAGUGUAAUCAGUUUUGUACCUUUUUUAUGUUUUUAUUUAUGUGUAUUUUAACAUAACGCUAAUUCUACACUUAGUUUUGUACCUUUUACUUCCGCU